CCGUCUGCUGUCGCGUGGGUCUGACGUCAGAACGGCGGGAGUCCCAGUUCAGGCGUCUGGGGUGUGCGGGUUGGCCAUGGGACACACACAUUCUGUGGGUCAAUUUGUCACGGUCCGUGAGGCCGGAGGACGAGCGCCGGGUGGCGGAUGAGCACUGGGAGGACGCGUGGUGUGGCCUCUUGCCCCACGAAACCUGAGGCGCGGAUGCCGAGUUCUCAGCCGUGAAGCGACGAGCGGUCGGCCAUUUGGCUCUGCCCACCCGCAGUCGCUCUGGUCUUUGAGAGCUUGAGGUGCCUCCUAGGUGCAAAGUUUGCCAGUCGGGGGUCCAGGACUGAAGAGUAGAUAUGGCUAGCAUCACCCAGCUGCUCGAUGACCUCUGCGAGGCUCUCUUACCUGUUGCCCAGGCUCGCCCUGGCCAGCGCAGCCUGAACAGGAAGAGGGCCAAGCUGAGCCUUAAGAGGGUAGCCUACGAUACCCUCUUCGCAAAUCUCUUUCAAGAGGAGUCUCUCCAGCGGCAGCCUGACUCGUCGAAGCUCCCAGUGAAAAACAAGGUCCUCAUGCUGUCCUUCGAUUUGAGGGUGGGCGGCUUGGGGCCAGAGGCCGACCGUUUGGAGGAGCUUGUGGAGAAGCUGGAGGCAGCCCCUGACUGUCCUUUUGUGGAAGUGGAGUCAGUGUUAGACCUCUUGGUUCGGCUGGCAGGGAGCGGCCCCCCUCAAGUGCUGCGGAGAAAACGGGAUUACUUCUUUAACAACAAGCACGCGGGCAGAAACAUACCUUACAGCGGCUACGAUUGCUAUGACCUGAGUGUGUUUGAAAUGGACGUUCAGUCACUUAUUUCUGGGGAGGAGUAUUUGUGUCAUAACAUGGUCCAGGAAGCACUGCAGGUGAUGGAGGCUGCUCCAGGCACUGGCCUGCCCACUGUUGGGCUCUUCUCAGUUGGUGACUCCUGUGGUGACAGGUUUGAGAGAGACACCCGGGUCUCACUCUUUGGUGCACUUGUGCACAGCCGCACCUAUGACAUGGAUGUGCGACUGGACCUGCCCCCUGUGCCGGACAGUGCGGACUUCUCUGGACUGGCCAUUAAGGUCCCACAAGUUGUGGAUCAGUGGGAAGAUGAAGGGUUCCAAUCAGCUUCCAAUCUAACUCCAGACUCCCAGUCUGAACCAAGCAUGACUCCAGAUUUGGACCUGUGGGAAGCUGUGCUCACGUAUGAAGCCAGCAAGCGGAGGUGCUGGGAGCGCAUUGGAUGGCCCCCUGGUCACCGAGAGGAGCCCUACCUCACUGAGGCAGGGAGGGAUGCCUUUGACAGAUUCUGUAGGCUCUGUCAUGGAGAACUACAGGCCCUCAGUGGAGGCCUACUACAGGCUCCCAAGCCUGUGCUUGUGGAGGAAAGCGAGCUGGUGAAAGACUCACUGAAUGUUCUGCUGGGUGUUGUGUCUGCUACAUUUUCCCUUUGUCAGGCAACUCAAGCCUUUGUGGUGGAGCUGGGUGUCCAUGUGUCAGGUGCAUCUCCUGAGAGUAUCAGCAGCAUCCUUUCAGAGGUGGCGGAGUAUGGAACCUACUACACACGCCUGAGCCACUUCUCUCUGCAGCCUGUCGUGGGCUCCGUGUGCAGCAGGGGCCUUGUGUUCCAGGCCUUCACCAGUGGCCUUAGGAGGUAUUUGCAGUAUUACCGGGCCUGUGUUCUCUCCACUCCGCCUACCCUGAGUCUCCUUACCAUUGGCUUUCUCUUCAAGAAACUGGGCCGGCAGCUCAGGUACUUGGCUGAGCUUUGUGGUGUUGGCACUGUAUCCUUGGCAACCAGUGGAGAACCCAGAGCUGUGUUCCCCACCGGAGUGAAGCUCCUGUCCUACCUCUACCAGGAGGCACUGGAUAACUGUAGUAAUGAGCACUAUCCUGUGUUGCUGUCUCUGCUGAAGACCAGCUGUGAGCCCUACACACGGUUCAUCCACGAUUGGGUGUACAGUGGAGUCUUCAGAGAUGUUUAUGGGGAGUUCAUGAUCCAAGUUAACCAUGAGUACCUCAGCUUCAGAGACAAAUUUUACUGGACCCAUGGCUACGUGCUUAUUUCCAAGGAGGUGGAGGACUGUGUUCCUGUGUUCUUGAAACACAUUGCCCAUGAUGUGUAUGUCUGUGGGAAGACCAUCAACCUAUUGAAGCUCUGCUGUCCCCGGCACUACCUUUGUUGGUCUGAUGUCCCUGUCCCUCGGAUCUCAGUUAUUUUCUCUCUUGAGGAGUUGAAGGAGAUUGAGAAGGACUGUGCUGUCUAUGUUGGGCGGAUGGAGAGAGUUGCACGUCAUAGCUCCAUCAGCAAGGAGGAAAAGGAAUUGCGUAUGGAAAUUGCAAAACAAGAACUAAUUGUUCAUGCCCGAGAAGCAGCAUCCAGGGUCCUGAGUGAGCUGAGUGAGCGGCAGAUGUCAGAACAGAUGGCUCUGGACACCCGGAAGCGAGAGCAGUUUCAGCGGCUGAAGGAACAGUUUGUGAAGGAUCAGGAGCGACGCCUGGCAGCCAGACAAGAGGAGCUGGAAGAUGACUUCAGCUAUGCCCGUGAGCUCCGAGACCGUGAGAAGAGGCUAAAGGCUCUGGAGGAAGAGCUGGAGAGGAAGGCCAGGCAGGCGCUGGUUGACCAUUAUAGCAAGUUGUCUGCAGAGGCAGCUCGUCGAGAGCAGAAGGCUCUAUGGAGAAUCCAGAGGCGCCGGCUAGAAAAUGCACGGCUUCGUUUUCUCCUAGAAGAUGAGAAGUGCAUUCAGGAGAUGCUGAGAAACAUGGAGGCUCACCAGCCCCAGGAGCCAGUCACAUCUCCAGGUCCUGAGCAUGCAGAGGAAGGCCAUAGCUGUGAUCUGGGGUCCACAGAACUGCGUUGGGAUUGUCAAAGCCCAAGUGCAUCAGCACCAUCAGCCCUUAACUCUGCCGCAGAGGGAGUGGAUGGCUCUGGGGCUGGACAGGCAGAGGGAGCUGGGCCAUUCUCAACUGGUCUCAGCAUCACCGACUUUCUGCCCAUGGGCCCUGGGGCUGAGCAGCCUGUGAAUAGCAUUGAAGCUACCUUCUUAGAGGUGGCACUGCAGACCAUCUGCUCAGACCUAUCCCCUGUACCUCCUGGGCCAGCACUCACAGAAGCUGCCCUCCCGCCUGCUCAGUCAGAGUAUGACUUUAAUACCAUACUGAGGCCAGCUCUGGCUACCUCCUCUUCACCAGGAUCCUUUCAGGAUGUCCAAAAUAGCUUGGACAGUGAAAAGCAGCAUCUGUCAGGGGACAUGCCUACAAAACUGGAUGCAUGUGCUCAUGACAUGCAAGAGACUUUGCCUUGCCUGCAUUCACUCAAGCAUGUCACUCCUGAGGAGGGGAGCUUCCAACCUGUUGGGCAGGUCCUUCCACACAUUUCAGGGACUGCUGUCCAUACAGAGAGCCAUGCUUCUAGAAUGGGUCCUUGCCAGCAACUUGGCACUUCCAGACACGUGUCAGAUGCCAGCAUCAAGGUUGGGGAGAACGUGUCAGAAGUGGCUCCUUCUAGGCCACGGUGGAACAUUCAUGGGCACGUGUCAGAUGCCAGCAUCAAGGUUGGGGAGAACGUGUCAGAAGUGGCUCCUUCUAGGCCACGGUGGAACAUUCAUGGACACGUGUCAGAUGCCAGCAUCAAGGUUGGGGAGAACGUGUCAGAAGUGGCUCCUUCUAGGCCACGCUGGAACUUUCAUGGACACGUGUCAGAUGCCAGCAUCAAGGUUGGGGAGAACGUGUCAGAAGUGGCUCCUUCUAGGCCACGCUGGAACUUUCAUGGACACGUGUCAGAUGCCAGCAUCAAGGUUGGGGAGAACGUGUCAGAAGUGGCUCCUUCUAGGCCACGGUGGAACAUUCAUGGACACGUGUCAGAUGCCAGCAUCAAGGUUGGGGAGAACGUGUCAGAAGUGGCUCCUUCUAGGCCACGGUGGAAUGUCCAUAGACACGAGUCAGAGACCAGUAUCAGGAUUGGAGAGAACAUGUCAGAUGUGGCCCCUCAGACUCAUGGAUGUACUCAGCCUUCUUUGAUUCUGGAGGAGCCCUUGCCAGAAGCUGAGCCUGACCCACUGGGACCCCAUGGGUGUUCCCCUGCCUGUAUGUCCCAGUCAGUCCUUAGUGUGGAAGCACAGAGCUCUGCUUUAGCAUGUGUGCCACAACUACCUGAAGAAACGAAGCCUACCACCUGUCCUGGCCCUGGCAGCACAGAGGAAGGCAGCCUACAGACCACACCCCCUGUUGUGGCUGAGCCUAGCAUGCCAGGAAAUGGCAUCCUUGAAGAGACAGGCCCAGGAAGUAGGGAUGCUGAAGACCUUUCUUCAAAUUUGCCUCCAAGCUCACAGGACGAGACCACUCUUCCCAGCAGCCCGGGCACUUGUGAGGAGGUCUCAGGCACAGAGGCUGAGGCUAGACGAUGGGGCAAGGAACAAGCCUAUCUGGCAGACCUGGCGAAGUUAUACCACCUAGAGCAGUAUCCGGACAGCUACGAAUCCAUGUCAGAGCCUCCUGUUGCUCACCUGGUACACCACAUGCUUCCCCGGGCCUUUGCUUUCCCUGUUGACCCCCAAGUUCAGUCCGCGCUAGACGAGACUGCGGUGCAGCUAAGUGAGCUGCUGACGUUGCCUGUACUUAUGAAGCGCUCCCUCAUGGCACCUCUGGCUGCCCAUGUCACCUUGGUGAACAAAGCUGCAGUUGACUACUUCUUUGUGGAGCUGCACCUGGAGACACACUUUGAGGCUCUGCGGCACUUCCUGCUGAUGGAAGAUGGAGAGUUCGCCCAGUCCCUUAGUGACCUGCUCUUCGAGAAGCUAGGGGCUGGGCAGACGCCUGGAGAGCUGCUCAACCCACUGGUCCUUAACAGCAUCCUGAGCAAGGCACUGCAGUAUAGCCUCCAUGGGGACACUCCCCACGCUACCAACCUGUCCUUUGCCCUCAAGUACCUGCCUGAAGUGUUUGCCCCUAAUGCCCCUGAUGUGCUGAGCUGCCUGGAGCUCAGGUACAAGGUUGACUGGCCCCUCAACAUUGUUAUCACCGAGAGCUGCCUGAACAAGUACAGUGCUAUCUUCUCCUUCCUGCUGCAGCUGAAGCUCAUGAUGUGGACACUCAAAGACAUCUGCUUCCACCUCAAGCGCACAGCCCUAGUGAGCCACACAGCUGGCUCAGUGCAGUUCCGACAGCUGCAGCUGUUUAAGCAUGAGAUGCAGCAUUUUGUGAAGGUCAUCCAGGGCUACAUCGCCAACCAGAUCCUGCAUGUCAGUUGGUGUGAGUUCAGAGCCCGCCUAGCUGUAGUGGGUGACCUGGAGGAGAUCCAGCGGGCCCAUGCUGAGUACCUGCACAGGGCUGUUUUCAGGGGCCUACUGACAGAGAAGGCAGCCCCAGUCAUGAACAUCAUCCAUAGCAUCUUCAGCCUGGUGCUCAAGUUCCGAAGUCAGCUCAUCUCUCAGAACUGGGGCCCAGCUACUGGUCCCCGUGGGGCCGAGCACCCCAAUUUCCCACUCAUGCAGCAGUCCUACAGUACCUUCAAGUACUACUCCCACUUCCUCUUCAAAGUAGUGACCAAGCUGGUGAACCGCGGCUAUCAGCCCCACCUGGAGGACUUCUUGCUUCGCAUCAACUUCAACAACUACUACCAAGAUUCCUGAGGACAGACAGGAUCGUGGUGUGCAUGCCUGUUUGACCUGGCUGGGGCUCGAGCAGUGACCACAGAUAGACCUAUAAAGGCUACUUUAUUCAGAAGCCUGGGACAUUCAGCAGGUAUCAGGCACAGACCCUGCCCUUUGGGGCAAGAUGCACAAAUAGGUCACAAGCCUUACUUCGCCCUGUUUGUGUUACUUAUAAGCAUGAGACUGAUAUCCUGGCAUGAAGCGCUGUGUGCUGGGAGCAUGUUGAGGACUAGGCCAGGUCAGUACUGCUAAGACGGUAUCAGACAGAGAUGGGUCAGGUUUGACUGGAGACCUCUGCCGUCAUGGAGAGACUGUGAGGGCAGGCAUCGAAGUGGUCUCAGCAACUCAGCAGCACUGGGGUGGCCUCGGGAGACUCCAGACUGGUGGGGCACGCCGAGGCCUUUAUGAGGAUCAUGUUACACAGAGUUCUGCUGCCCAGAGUGGUGGCCUGCUGCUAUAGGAACACUGCUCAUCAGUGGUCCUUGCCCCGGCCUCAGGGCUUGUGGCCUCAGUGGCCGCCUCUUCCCUUUGGUAAGGAGACUCGAGCAGCUUCAGCACACGUCGCACCUAGGAGAGCAGGUGAGAAGAACUGGGUGAGGGUGUAUUUAAUGAUAGGCUCCUGGGAGGAAGGGGGACAGGCAUAGGCGUGUGCUUGCCUCUGAAAAGUCUCCGUUCUCAGCAGCUUCAAUGGCAUUCUGUGCAAUAUAGUUCCUUAGGACGUACUUGGGGUUGUUGGCAUGCAUGAUGCGCACACGUUCUGCCUGCCAGGCAGCAGUGUCUCCAACACCCUCCUUCUCUUUGUCCAGACGGGUUCUGGAAUCAAAUUCCUAGCUAGUUUUCCCCCAAAAGAAUAGCAAAUUCCAUGCCCCCCAAUUCCGGGCCUUCUGCAGCCACCCCUGCUGUGGCUAUUGUGUCAAGGAGGCAGUACAGACGGUCCUGGAAGCUGCCUACCUGUACUCCUGUAGCCAGGUUUUCCAGAGGUCUGUGUUCUUGCGCUGGAGCUCAGCGGGGCUCAGCUGUUCUAGUCGUGACUGAUGCUCCACACGCUCUAGCUCCUUUGUGAUGUUUGCUUGAGUGCCGAUGAGUGCAAAGAGCUGUGGGUUUGACUGUGCAAGCAUCAGCAUCAUAGAGAGCUGCCUGCAGGGAGGGGUGGUAUGAGAAGUACCUCAGCCAGGAGCAGCCAUGUGACUCAGGUGCUGAGGCAACUUACAGAUUUCUCCCUUCCCACAACACUGCAGUUAGGGCAGGGACCAUCUACCUGGGUGUGGUUCUACCAAAAUCUCAAGUGCCAUUUCCUCUUGGUGGUUACUGCUCCAUUCCCCACUAAAUUCCUUUUUGCACAACCA